GGAGUGGAGGUGACUUAGGCACUCUCAGAGCAUCCAGGCUGACGGGUUACAGCCAAAGCACAAGAGCAGACAGACGGCCAAAGGAGAAACCCUCAGCUGAGUAACCACAGCCAUGUCAAAAGUUUAUAAGAAGAACAGUGGGAAUGGUUCGAUAUGCCUCUACAUGGGAAAGAGAGACUUUGUAGACCAUGUGGACAGUGUUGAUGUUGUUGAUGGCGUGCUCAAAGUGGACCCUUCAGAGCUUGACGGAAGGAAAGUAUGGGUGCAGCUGGUCUGCGCCUUCCGCUAUGGGCAUGAUGAUUUGGAUGUGAUUGGACUGUCCUUCAGGAAAGAUAUCUGGAUAAAGCACAUUCAGAUUUACCCUCCAGCAGCUGGAGAAAAGCCAACUAACACACCUAUGCAAGAUGCCCUCAUGAAGAAAGCUGGUGAAGAGGGACACCCCUUCACUUUUGUCAUGCCUACCAAUUUGCCAUGUUCUGUAACUCUUCAGCCGGCACCAGGUGACACAGGCAAGCCUUGCGGUGUUGACUAUGAACUGAAAGCCUAUAUUGCUAACGAGGCAGACAAUCCAGAUGAGAAAAUUUCUAAGAAGGACACUUGCCGUUUGAUCAUUCGUAAGAUCCAGUUUGCACCAGACAAGCUGGAGACUGGGCCCAAAUCCAGCAUCUUAAAGCAAUUCAUUAUGUCAGACAAAGCGAUUCACCUGGAGACCUCCAUAGAGAAGGAGGUCUACUAUCAUGGAGAUCCAAUCCCUGUCAAAGUGAAAAUAAACAACGAGACUAAUAAAGUGGUCAAGAAAGUCAGAAUUUCCAUUGACCAGACAACAGACGUUUUGCUCUAUUCAGCUGACAAAUACACCAAAGUUGUUCUGUGUGAAGAAUUUGGGGACCAAGUGAACAGCAACGCUACAUUGGAGAAGGAAUACAAAGUCACUCCUCUAUUGGCCAACAACAAAGAAAAACGUGGUCUGGCAUUGGACGGCAAGAUAAAAGAUGAAGACACCAAUCUUGCAUCUUCAACACUUCUGGGAUCAGGCGUGGACAAAGACAUACAGGGCAUUUUGGUCUCCUACAAAAUUAAAGUUAGCCUCAUGGUGGCCAGUGGUGGUCUCUUGGGGAACCUUACAUCCAGUGACGUCACUGCAGAUAUACCUCUGGUUUUGAUGUCACCAAAGCCAGCAGAUGUCACGGACAUCAAACUCGAAUAGACCAACUGGCAGAUAGUAGUGAGGAACACCAAUGGAAGAAACCAGGAUCACGCACAGCCAGACACAGCAUGGGCACCUUCACUCCAUGUUAACUCGCACACCUGAACACCAUGCAUUAAUGGAUGGGAUCUCAAAACUACAGGUCCCUAUCAUUAGACUAGAGUCCUCUCACAAUGAACUCAGCUAAACCUCAGGCCUGUUAAACUACAAUGUCACUCAAUUUGACUUUGUUAUUUUCGCCUUUAUCGUGUGAACUCAGUUUAGAAUUGUUUUGUUUUUGGACCUGAAUCAGUUGUACAUGAUUUAAUAGAACAAGAAAUAAACAGAUAUUUUACCUAAUGAUAUGUUAAAUCUAGUGAUUGGAUGCAGUGUGAAAGGGAUAUUAAAAACCUUGAAAACAUCAAUACAUGGUUUAUAGUUUAUUGGACAACUGUAAGCUCUUUCUUCCUCUGAAUAUCUGCUUAGUGCAUUUUUUUAAAACAGUGGCCCAUAUUAAUUUGCGUAUUGCGAGUUGCGCUCAAAUCUGAUCAUAAAAUGUGCAAAUCGGACUUUCAUUGGUUUCAUCUUUCACCUCACGUCUGGUAGGAGCGUGUGUAAAUUUAAGUAGCGAUAAUAGUUUAAGCAGUUUAUUAGUUUGAGUAGUAAUGGUCUACCAACCUCAAAAAAGCAGUUAACUAACUAAAACUAGAUUCAAUGUAAUCUAUGAUACCAAUAAUAAGAAUAAAAAAUGGAGAGAAAAAAACAAUAAUAAUAAUAAUAUAAUGAUAAUCAUUUGUGCACAGGGCAAUCCAGUACAAAGUGAAUGUACUUAUUUUAUAUGCAUCUUGAUAUAAACAAAUUCUGCAACUAUUCCAGGCUCAUUUAAGAACAUUGAAAUAUUAAUUUCUAACACAGACAACUGUCUACAGUAAAUUCAGACACUGUGGAAAGACACUGUGGAAAGAUGUCACGACCUGAGGUAGACUUACAAAUCUGGACUGAUGACUGAGCAGGCUAAUUAGCUUCCAAUGUAAAUUACUGAAAGCUCUCUGUUGUCUCUUUGUUUUCUUCCCAUGUUGUAGCAGAUAACUGUGGAGCAGAUAACUGUUCUUCAUGUAGACCCUUCUGUAAAUGUUUUUUGUAGAUUUAAUAGCAAAGGUCUCAUUUUGAAGUUGUGAUAGAUUUGAAUAGUUUUAUUUAUAUUUAAAUAUAUAAUAUUUAGAUAAUGAUGUCUUACAAUUUGUCAGAAAUGAUCAAUCAGCUAUGUUUGACAUAAAACGAUUUCUAUGGAAAAUUUGUUUAUAAGCCAAUGACUUCAAAAUUGUGGGAAAAAAAUUCAAAUGAUGUGUUUUCAAUCAUGUAAUCAUUACGGUCAUGUUGGUUUUAUGUGUUUUUGAAUAAUUUUUACACUAUUUUAAAUUAAAUAUUUGAUUAAAUAAGCAUGGAGAUGUUAAGUGGGCUAAACUGAUACCAACAUAAAAGAAAAUAUUUUUAUGCAUUGUAUGAAAAAAAAAAACAAGGCACAUAUUUGUUUAAAAUUAAUGUCACAUAAUAAAUUGUAUUGUACUUAU